UUAACACAGUGAUUGAUGAUACAAUACAAUUUUAAUGACAAACAAAAGUAAGGUGAUCACACACUUAUUAUGGCUUUAAAAAUGCUUUACCGUGGUCCGAGCUCACGACUUGAAACACUUAUUGAAAAAAUUCAACAGAACAAAGACAGCAGCCCAGUAGAUAUUGACUCAUCAAAUACAUCACCAAGCUAUUCACCAUCACUUCCUGACAUGGCAUCAACUCCAAAUUUCGAAGUGGAUAAUAUUCUUAGCAUUAAUAACAAUAAUAAAAUCACAGCGAAACAACAUCAACAACAGCAUCAUAGUGAGUACACUUCUUUCGAGAACGGCGGCAUAAAUGAGAACAUAUUACCCGAAUCGAAUGAAAAGCAUGGCGAAGAAAUAGCACCAACAUUGAAAGAUGCUCAACGUUUGUCGUCUGAAGCAGGGGUUGCCUACGCGCCGAUUAACAACACUUUUAAACCAUCGUCAAAAAUACAUAGCAAACAACCAACGAUGACAGCAACUAAGAGCAAAGGGGAAGGUAGCCGACUUGCAAAAUAUGGUAAAAUUAAUGGAACAACACCACAAUUACCGUCAAACGCGACUAAUAAUAACGUCGAAGGCUCUUAUCAUUGUCAAUUUUGUGAUAAAUCGUUUCCACGCCUGGGAUAUCUUAAAAAACACGAACAGAGUCAUGCAGAGCACAUGCCAUUCAAAUGUGAAUAUUGCGCACGAUUGUUCAAGCACAAAAGGUCACGGGAUCGACACACAAAACUACAUACGGGAGAUCGGCGCUACCGCUGUCCGCAUUGUGAAUCAGCUUUUUCAAGAAGUGAUCAUUUGAAAAUACACAUGAAGACGCAUGACAAUCAAAAGCCGUUUCAAUGUACGGUUUGUAAUCGAGGCUAUAAUACGGCUGCUGCGCUUACAUCACACAUGCAAAGCCACAAAAAGCAAGCAGCUCUUCAGAGAAAUACUACAUUGAAUUACAGCCCACGAUCCACAGGUUCGGCUUCGAGUAACACCAGUCUGUACAAACGAAAAUACUCAUCACAAAUUGAGCAACGAGAUAUCCCAAAUCAGUCAUCACUUUUGGCAGUCAAUGCAAAACGUUUUGCAUUUCACGGCAACAACAGCUCUGUCUUAUACUGCAUCUACUGUACCAAAAAUGAUUUUGAAAAUUUGGAGCAACUACACUCGCAUGUUCAGCAAAUGCAUGCAAUUGUCUUGAGAGAGACAACAUCAAGCCCCUUUCCUGGCAUCCAUCCUGGUCUUCAUUUGACUUGUGAAUUUUGCACGAUGAAAUUUCCAUCAAUUCCCAGUAUGUUUCAGCACAUUCGUUCAAUGCAUAUAGAUCGUAUAAGCAAUCCAACGUCUUACAUGGAGCACUUAAGCAGACGAUCAAUUGGACUUGGUGAUGAAAACUAUCGCCGUAAAUCAAACGAUAGUUUUGUCCAUCCACUUGAACGUUCCAAAUCGGAAGAGGAUUCCCAUAAAUAUGAAUUAAACCCAUCAAAAACGGAACGUGACACACCGAGUAAAAAUUCCAACGAUUAUGAUGCGCAUACAAAGUCCAUUGAAAAUGGUGACAUAAAGCAAGAAGAUCUUCCAACUGAUUUAAGUAAUAAAAAGAUCGAGGCAAAAUGUUCCGAAAUCCGCGAUGAUUCAAAUGAUAUGAAUCAUUCGUCGAAAGAAAGUUCCAUCGAUUCCAUUGUGAAUCGAAAACGUCUUCAAAAAACGUCGCCAGAUUAUUCAGCAUCGAGUCCGGAUCCAUUGCGAUGCAGCCAAUGUACAUUGAUACUUCCGAACAUCGAGGCGUUUCGCGAUCAUUUGCGAAAUCAUUUAGUGCGUGGUGAACUGAAAAAUUUUGUCUGUUUCCAAUGCGGACUCACAUUCACCAAUCAAAAUGAAUAUGAAUUGCAUGUUUCGUCGCAUUUUCUAAUCAGCACCACCGAAUAUACAUGCACAUUUGGAUGUAAUAAACAUUUUGUUAGCUCUGAAAAUAUGCAAAAGCAUAUGUUCGAUGUGCACGCUCAAAAUGUGUGGAAGUGUGGCAUUUGCUAUGACAUUUUUGAAUCCAAAGUUGCAAUUCAAAUUCAUUUUGCGAUGACCCAUUCGAAUAAAGAGGACACAUUUCGUUGUUCGGCAUGUAUGGAUUCCUUUGAAACGGAAAAUGAAUUUAAGGCUCAUGUUCGGACCCAACAUUCGUUGAUGUUUUUAUUGCCAAAUUUGCAAUGCUCUCUGUGCCGAACAGUUUGUUCAUCUGAAUUAGAAAUGCACUUUCAUAUGGCAACACAUUCGCGUCAACCAUUCCGAUGCACCGUAUGCUCUGAAGCAUUUCCAAUGGAAUUUCUAUUGGAACGACACAUGCAAACGCAUCAUUGUCUUCCCGAAAAGGAUGCAUUGGGACUGUAUAAAAGCGAUAAUCUUAACAAUAAUAUGUUCGACUAUAGCUAUGCCGCAAAGAAACUCUAUCCAUUUGCUGGACCGACCAAAAUGUUUGAUCCCAUGAAUAUACCUUCCAGUUCAACGUCACCACUGAAAUUACCACCGCCACUAUAUGAACUUUAUGAUAACAUUGGGAAAUCAUUUUCGCAACAAAGUUUUACAAAAAAUUUUUCAAAUAUAACCAAAUCAUUUUCGGAACACUUAGAAAAUACACAAGCAUUUACGAAACAAUUUAGCGAGCACUCGGCCGAGAUUCCAUCGUUUUUGAAUUUAUACAAAUCGGAUUAUGUGUCGAAAACAUUUUUGAGAAAUAAUCCAUUGGUUUUUUUGCCACCAACUUCAAUCGAUUCACACAAUGGCACUUCAGAACAACAGCAACCACCAGCACCACCGCCGCAACAACAACAAUAUACCGAUAAAAAGACUUCUUCCGAUCAACAAAUAUCAUGCAACAUUUGCGAUCGCAAAGAUUUCCAAAGCGAAUUGGAAAUGAUAACGCAUCAAAAGAUUACACACAACAUCAAAACCGGCGUUAGCCUAAUGUGCGCCUAUUGCAAUGACAAUUUUCGUUCAAGAACCGAAUUGGAAACUCAUAUGAAAACGGCGCAUACCGGAGGUAAACACAAAUGUUUAAUUUGUGAUGAAAUUUUUCCAUCGGCAGAUGUGCUUGCUGAGCACAAGCUAACUCAUUCUAGAGUUGGUGUCCAAGGCAAAUGUACAUUUUGCUCUGCAAAUUUAAUGGAUAUUCAAGAAUUCAAGUCUCAUAUGGCUGAGCAUGGAAACGUUGAAUUGCCAGUACAAUGUAUUUGUUGUCGUCAAACUUUAAGUUCAGCAUUUGAAAUUCAAUUACACGCUAAAUUCCAUGUGAGUUCCACGUCCGGUGAUAGUGACAACGAACGCAAUUGUGCACUGUGUUUAAUCGAGCUACCGCCAAAAUCUGAAUCGAAAGUAUGCAAAAAGUGCUAUGAAAAACACAACAAUCACAGUAAACAUUCAUCGUAUGCAUUUCCAAAGGAAAGCAAUUCAUUUUCCAGUGACUGUCCAUCCAAAUCGAAUGCCGACUCAAUAACGGAGCAUUACUGCAAUUUAUGUAAAAAACCAUUUUUGACGGCGGUCGCAUUAGAAGAACAUUUAAUUGAACACUCAUUUCGAGGUUGUGAAGAACGUGGCUACAAUUGCUAUAUAUGUUCGGCAAUUUUCACUCUGCCAUGUGGACUACAUCAACAUAUCAGAGUUGAGCAUGGUGCAAGCUAUCGUCCAUAUGACUGUAAUCUGUGUGCAAAGAAAUUCUAUUUUCGAGCUGAACUUGAGAAUCAUCUGAUCAAUCAUGAAAUUGGCCUUAUUGCAACGCCACACCGAGAUGAUGCGACGGACACAGAUGAAUCGAAACAAAUUCCAUUGAAUCACGAACAUUUGAAAGAUAUGAACGAUGAUAAUGAAAGCGACAAGGACAAACAUUCCGAAACGGAUAUGAAAUCCGAAGGUCAACAUUAUUCCAAUGAUGUCAAUGCGGAAGACGAUGACGAUGAAUACAUCGAAGUUGAACAAAUCGGUGAAAAUACAUCUGCCGAUGAAGAGAUGAGCCAGCCAAAUGAACGAACAAGUCCAGAAAAUUAUGAUAAACCACAAACACAAUAUGAAAAAGAUAAUUUAAGCUAUAGAGUGUAAAAAUAAAACAAUUUUUUUCCUUGUGUUCAAUUAUUAUUAGAUGCACACAAGGUCUGUACAAGGUGUAAAUAAGUUUAAAAUUGAAAAUGAAUAUGAGUAUGCACAAAAUACGAAAAUAAUAUAUUCACUCAGAUUUUUUUUAAGAUUCGUUCUUUGAUUUUAUAAAUUUACAUACAAAGUACUUUCAAGUAUGAGUAGAGAAAAAUGUUCACAAAAUUUCAUUAAAAAAAACGAAAAAAAAUCGAACUUUCUUAGAUUUCAACAUCGGAUUUGGUUAGGACGCCUAUCACAUAUCAAACACUAUAUCACAACACCCCACACAAAUCGAUGUCAUUUGUAUCGCACCUAUUGAAUAUUCACAAAAUAUGAUAUUCAAAAUAUGUAUCAACUGAAAGUUUCAAUUACACAUUUCACAUAUAAUGGCAUACACAUGAUAUGAUCCGCAAUUAUUGCUUUAAUUUAUUAGAUUUAAUCUAUUAGACUGAAGAUGGCAUUGGUGAUAUCAAAUCCGAUUUUUUUUAAAAAUAAACUUCAAUGCAUAAAAUGUAUCAACAAAGCUGAAAUUGUACCCAAAUUUAGACGCAUCAUUUAGUCAAUUUAAUUGACUAUGAAUUUUUCAAUAACAAAAAAAAUCCACAUUAAAUAUGUGCUAUUAAUUUAAGGGAAAUAUAUGACAC